AUGUUCACCACGGUUUUAAGACGUCGUGCGCUCUAUCCAUCUAUCUGUUCCCAAAUUGUUCGAAAUUAUGCUUCCAAAUCAUUUCCUCCACACACUGUCAUCACGAUGCCUGCACUUUCUCCUACUAUGACAGUCGGGAAUAUCGGAUCGUGGCAAAAGAAAACCGGAGACACAAUAUCACCAGGUGAUGUUCUUGUUGAGGUUGAGACAGACAAAGCACAAAUGGAUUUUGAAUUUCAGGAGGAAGGUGUAAUAGCCAAAAUACUCAGGGGAUCUGGUGAAAAAGAUGUCGCCGUGGGAAAUCCCAUUGCUGUCAUGGUCGAAGACGAAAAAGAUGUAUCUGCUUUCGAGUCGUUCACAAUAGAAGAUGCUGGCGGGGAAAAAGAAGCGCCUCCACCUCUUAAAAAGGAAGUCGCUAAAAGUCCUAAGCCCACCGAAGCUCAAGCAGAAACUGCGGCACCAAAGCAAGAGCACUCCAAUGUCGAUACCACUACAUCGAUCGGAGGAAGAUUACAGCCAGCUCUAGACCGAAUUCCAAACGCUAGCCGAGGUGCUGUGAGAUUGGCCCACCAAUCUGGCGUCAACAUUUCCGGCCUGAAAGGCACUGGACAUGGUGGAGAGAUCACCGAGGCAGAUGUGAAGAAGGCUUCACAACCUGCUACUCCGAGUCUCACAACAACAAAUAUAUCUUCUUAUGUAGAUACACCGAUUAGCUCUAUGCGAAAGACUAUCGCAAACCGCCUUACAGAAUCUGUAAACCAAAAUCCUCAUUUUUUUGUGACAGCAACAGUUUCCGUCACCAAACUUCUCAAACUCAAAGAAGCCCUCAACACAACGGCGAAUGGAAAAUACAAAAUUUCAGUCAAUGACUUUUUGAUCAAAGCUGCCGCUAUCGCUUGUAGAAAAGUACCCACUGUGAACUCUAGUUGGAGAGAUGGGUUUAUACGCCAAUAUGAUUCUGUCGAUAUCAGCGUUGCCGUCGCGACACCAGCCGGUCUCAUGACCCCUAUUGUCAAAUCUGUCGAAGGCCUAGGUUUAGAGUCUAUCUCGUCUCAAGUUAAAGAUCUAGGCAAACGAGCUCGGGAAGGCAAAUUAAAACCAGAUGAAUACCAGGGAGGGACAUUCACGAUAUCCAAUAUGGGCAUGAACCCAGCUGUUGAGCGCUUUACAGCAGUUAUUAACCCACCUCAAGCUGGUAUCCUAGCCGUAGGCACAACAAAAAAAGUAGCUAUUCCGAUAGAGGAAUCACCAGAAGAAGGGCCAAAAGUAGGCUGGGAUGACCAGAUUGCAGUCACUGGUAGCUUUGAUCACAAGGUGGUUGACGGUGCGGUUGGCGGAGAGUGGAUGAAGGAAUUUAAAAAGGUUAUCGAGAACCCCUUGGAGCUAUUGUUGUAG